AUGGGGGUCAUGACAAAAGCCUCUUUAGCCAGAGAGUGGGCAAUCUGGAACCAAUUGAUACUCCACAAGAAACAGAGCAUGCGACAAGAACUACUCGAUGACAGGGCACCCCUGGUCUCAGAGAAAUACGGGGACUAUCAAGCUCCAGCCAGGCCCAAAAACAGGGCCUCUUUUGGUGUGCUGAAGAAAACCAUGUGGGCCGUUCAGGCAUCGACAUUGAUUUUACUUGUUUACCUUUUGGGGCCUCGCUCUCUCCUGACCUUCCACAAUGAAGUGGAGGAAGCCGUUUCUGAGGUGAUUGAAGUUGGAUUUCCCAAACCAGAUUUUGGGGACCCGGUCUUUGAGCAGAAUAUCUUGAAUUACACCUUUGGCAACAGCUGGGGACUUCCUAUUGAGGCUAAUUACACAAAGCCAGAGGUUUCGUUCAACAGGGUGAUUGUGUCAUUGGACACCUGGGUUGAUGGCGUCCAGUACGACCGUUUGGCUCACCUGUAUGUUAGCGGUAUCGAGGUUUGGAGAACAAGUACAAUUGAGCCUCACGGGAAACCGUCUCAUGCGCAUACGGAAAAGGAUGUGUCUACGUAUGCUAAACUCUUUGAGGAGGAUGCUACCAUUCUUUUCCAGCUUGACAACCUCUUGACUCCACGGUUGACUGGAUCUUUCAACAUUAGCUUGAAUGUGAAGUAUUACGACACUGUCGACGGAAUGCGCCCUCCAGCCAGUAAUAUUUUCCCGUUGGUUAGAAGAGAGACAGGUACCAGACCACCUUUGCUGACGUUACCAGAUAACACUUUCGACUCAGUGAUUCCGCAGCUGAGCUACAACACCACCAAGGUUGUGCUUGACCUUUUUGUGUCUGGAAACGCCGACGAAGAGUUCUGGUAUUCCAAUGUGCUCGAAGAAUACAAGAACGUUUUCCACAAAUCCUAUCCUGGCCAUGGUCCUUGUCGUGUUAUCAAUGUCUUUGUUGAUGGCAUUCGCGUGUUGAGUGCCGAUCCAUUUGUGGUUGUGUACACUGGAGGAAUCUCGCCUGCUCUGUGGCAUCCGAUUGUGUCUACUGGGGCAUUUGAUGUGCGCGCACUCAGACUGGAUAUCACCCCGUUGCUACCAAUAUUCUGGGAUCAAUCGACGCAGCUCGCGAUAGACGUCUCAAACUGUGUGGAUGACGACCUGAAAUUCGGUGAGACUCCUAACGGCAUUGGUUCCAACUGGAUUGCUUCCGGAAGCGUUGCCACAUGGGAAGACUCGACUAUCCUCACUUCCAGCGGAAAGAUACUCUCGUUCGAGAACAAGACUUCGGUUUCCGCAAUCGCUUUUAGUCCUCCUGCAGCAGGACUUUACAGCCAGAUUGUUGAUGCAAAGUACACAAAUAAAGUCAACUCGUCUGUCACCUACACUUACGAAAAUGGAACCGAGAAGGAGCUGAUUCUCGAGGUCUCCUCGAAAACGAAGCAAUCAAACGUGCAGCUCUUGUCAGGCUUUGGUGAAGAUGAGUCGCUAGUGUUCAUUCCAGAGACUGACAUCACCAGUAGCGUGAAGGAUGCGGCUACUAAUGCCACUAUCUGGUCGUUGGAGAAAAAGGUGACUCAGCCUUUGAUCUACAAGGUGAAGGCCAAGCCAACCUUUGGGCCGGAUGUGGACUUCUCGGUGAACAUUACCAAAGUUUUCGGUGAAAAGAUUGCACUCAAUGGCGUCAAUGUGAUAAACGGUGUUAGCCGCGAGAACGGCACUUCCAACUUUACACUGUCUCCCAAGGGAAACCACGGCGAGGCAGUCAUCGAACACAAGGUGAAUUUCACGAUGUCCGAGCCACUUCCAGACUUUAAGUACUCGAGACAUGCACUGGCAGACCACGACGAGAUAGUCUACGACACCAUUGAUCCAGAAGUUAUUGUCUGGGAAGACGUGAUGCACCAAUUCGAGAAAGAGGGCCUUGAGCUUGCUCAGUUUGCCGCCCAGGAGACUUCGGAGGACCAGGCAACUGAACAGCAGUCUUUCGGACCGCAAACGAGGCUACUAAACAGAUACCUCGCUGAUUUUUAG